CACCAGCUAGAGUCGUUCCGGCGUUCUCGCAGUUCAAGUUCAGCAGGCGGCAAGCGAGCAGCAAGUCUUCAAAUAGUCCCGAAGAUAGAAAAUAGUUGUGUUCUUGGCUUGAGAUUCAUUAUCGUUUCGGUCCUCGGAUAGUUCGAAAGUGAUUCACAUCCGAUAUUACUGAAAAUCUUGCCCUCGGCGGAGGUAAGAGGGAAAGUGACGGAAGUGCGCGAUAGUGAAUCUAUAAAAUCUGCGACGCAAUACGCUUCUUCAAGCUUCUCAAGCCGAUUAUUAACUAUCUAUAAAUUUUCGUUCUUUGUCAUUCUGUUAAAUCGAUAAACCACACUAUCACUCUCUUGGCCAAAUAGUUUUAUAAGAGGAAAUCUCUUCUUUCCCCCCCUCCAAACCGUCGUCGACAAAACCCGCUCCUGAUGGCACCGUUGGUACGCAGUUCUAGCACAAUGUCGCUUGUUCCUGUCCAGUACCGCAGCUGGUGGGAUGAUUGGGAUUUGCCGCUGUACACCCGGGUGUUGGAAAAGUCCAUCACCCAGGAGGUUCUGGCGGAUGAUCCGUUUUUCUGGCGACAUCCGCCGUUGCCACCGCUGCGUUGGUCCAGCAUGUGGCGUCCGUGGAAGUACUUCAGUCUACGGGACAUCGGUUCCCGGGUGGACUCGGAUAGGGAGAAAUUCACAAUCGAAGUGGACGUUCAUCAGUUCGCUCCGCACGAGGUGACGGUGCGGAAAACGGACAAAUACAUCACCAUCGAGGGCAAGCACGAGGAAAAGCGAGACGAGCUGGGUUACGUGUCGAGACAAUUCUCCCGGCGCUAUCUCAUUCCGAUUGGCUACGAUGCAAACCUGAUUGUGUCCUCGCUCUCUUCGGAUGGAGUGCUCACCGUCACUGCCCCCAGGAUUGGCCUACCCGCACCGAAGGUGGAGAAAUAUGUCCCAAUCUGGCACACCGGAAAACCUGCCAUUGAAGACAAGAAAGUUUUGGUUCGAGUCCGUAUACCGUAAUUGGCACCUGCAAACAUGCUCGACGCUCACCCUGGAAUGCAACAGGCACACACACCCAUCACACGUGAUAGUAGCACAUAAAUCCGCUUGAAUACAAAUAGUUUCAGUAGAUUGGGUUCGAGAGCCAUUUGGUGAUACACAGUGCACCAUCAAAGAGGAACAUUUAAUGUUAGUUGGGUAUAUAACCCAAAUACGUCAAAAUUUAAGUAACAAUUCAACAGCAACGCUAAUGUGAUUCAUGUAAUAUGUAAUAAACCUUUCGUUAACAGUUUGAGUGAAACAAAAUAAAUGACACGUUGAACGGAAAUACCAA